UCAUCUUUCCCAAGAAAAAAUUGUGACAUAUCCACUGACCACUGUAUAUGUGAAAGACAUUAGAGAACCCAAUUUGUUCAAGAAAAUUUUCAAGUGUAAGCCAUGAUGGUUGUGAUGGGAAUGAGCUUAACAUGUGUAAUGGACUUGAUAGUAGCUGGGAUUUCAUUGAUGAUUGGGCUGGGCCUCUUUGCAUUCAUCACUUCUAUACUUUGCUCAGCUGCUUUUGUUCACAAUGUCAAGGAUCUUUCUUGAUUACCAUUCAUCAUAACUAGGUAGCUUCCAAUCGCGUAGUUUUUCUUUGAAUAAAAGGGCACAUUAUUGACUUCUAUCUCGCAAUUGUCACCUGUUUUUCCAUGGCCUGAUUCAAGGCCACUGCAACAUGAAGUCGCGAUCAUCUGAAGUCUAUCUUUGUGGACGAAAGAGGCCUGAUCAAACGACGUAGACAUUGUAUGUUAAAUGUGCGCGGCUGACUUUGUAUUAUGGAUGAUUUGCAUAAACAGAAGUGCCUAGGAGUUAGGAUAUUAUGUUAGCACUGAGAACUGAGGAUCAUUGUGUUGUAACAAUGCUGAAAAUUCUCUGCAUUACUGCAAAAGUUUCCUGAUUUGAGGUGUUUUGAUUAUUUGUUUUC